AUGCCUGUAAAUAGAAGUAGUUUUUAUGGAUCUUCCAAACGUUCAUUGAAAGUGAAAUUCUCAAGAUUAUCCAGACUGCCGUCCGACUAUGAAGACUCUGGCACAGAUGAGGCACCGCUGAUUUAUGGGGACACGAUUGGGUUUGACAUGGAUGAGAACGAUUCCCUUGUCAAUAGACGCUACAGAAAUCCAAACCAGAGUAGGAUUGCCUACUUCCUGACAGGAGGCUGGUCUAACCUCUGCUCCAGGUGCUGGGAGAGACUAUGUCGGAGGAGGAAAGAAUACAAAGCACGGGUGGUCCCAAUUGGCUUAGAGAAAAGCUUGGAUGUAAAAUUUCCCAAAAAUGUCAUCAGAAACCAAAAAUACAGUAUCAUCACAUUCAUACCAAAGGUGCUGUUUGAACAGUUCAAGUUUUUCCUGAACUUAUAUUUCCUGGUUAUGGCAUCAUCACAGUUUAUACCUGAAAUCAAGAUUGGCUACCUAUAUACCUAUUGGGGACCACUGGGGUUUGUGUUGUUUGUGACCAUGUGUCGAGAGGCGUUGGAUGAUUAUAGAAGGUAUCGUAGAGACAAGGAGGCCAACUCUCAAAAGUACAGUAAACUGAACAGGGAUGGUUUUGUGGUUAUCCCCAGUUCAGAUAUAAAAGUUGGAGAUCUUAUUGCAGUAGAAAAGAACCAACGUGUGCCAGCAGACAUGAUAUUCCUACGAACAACAGAACAUGGAGGUGCCUGUUUUAUCAGGACUGACCAACUUGAUGGUGAGACAGACUGGAAACUCCGUUUGGCUGUACAAAGCACACAGAGCCUCAUGUCUAAUGUAGAUAUACUAGAUAUCAAGGCCCAGGUGUAUGCUGAAGCCCCACAGAAGGACAUUCAUAGCUUUGUAGGAACCUUCAAACGGACAGAUACCACAGGAGAGGAAGAUUCGCUGAGUGUGGAGAAUGUCUUGUGGUCCAACACUGUGGUAGCAUCAGGAACAGCACUAGGUGUUGUCAUGUACACUGGCAGUGAGACCCGCAGUGUCAUGAAUACUUCAAAACCUCAGAACAAGGUUGGGCUGCUGGAUCUGGAAAUCAACACUCUAACCAAAGUCCUCUUCUUUGCUGUAGUAGCUUUGUCUAUAGUGAUGAUUUGCCUCAAGGGAUUUGUUGGACCGUGGUACAGAUAUCUAUUUAGAUUUAUUCUCCUCUUUUCUUACAUCAUUCCUAUCAGUUUACGUGUAAAUUUGGACAUGGGUAAAGCAGCUUAUUCAUGGUUUAUUCAGCGAGACAAAUCAAUACCAGAGACUAUUGUCCGCACGACAACUAUACCGGAGGAACUUGGGAGGAUUAGUUACCUAUUAUCAGAUAAAACAGGAACACUUACACAGAAUGAAAUGAUUUUUAAGAAGCUCCAUCUUGGAACAGUGGCAUACACCCCAGAUACCAUGGAUGAGGUUAUGGCACACCUGCACACUACAUUUAACCAGCAACAGCAGCAACAAUCAUCACAGCAACCUUUUCUGGGUCCCAUGACUACACCUACCAGGUCUGGUCCUGUGAGAAGGACAGUGGUCACCAGAACCUUUGAAGCAGUGAAGGCCAUUGCAUUGUGCCACAAUGUCACACCAGUGUUUGAGAAUGAAGAGAGUGUGGAUACUAGUUCAGAUACUGAGGCAGAUCAGCAGAGUCAGCAGAAAGUUGUGUACCAGGCCUCAAGUCCUGAUGAGGUUGCCUUGGUAGCCUGGACUGAGAGUGUAGGUCUUGCUCUCCUAAAGCGGGACUUGAACAGUAUGCAGCUCCGUGCGCCUAACGGUUCUAUCAUCGGUUACCAGAUACUACAGAUAUUUCCCUUUACUUCAGAAACCAAACGCAUGGGAAUUAUUGUCAAGGAAGAGGCUACAGGGGAGAUAACUUUCUACAUGAAAGGGGCCGACGUGGUGAUGCAGACUAUAGUACAGUAUAAUGACUGGCUAGAUGAGGAGUGUGGUAACAUGGCACGUGAGGGGUUAAGGACAUUGGUGGUAGCCAAGAAAGUUCUCACAGAAGAACAGUAUCAAGAGUUUGAGACACGGUAUCACCAGGCAAAAAUGAGUAUCCAAGACAGGAAUGUGAAGGUUCAGGCCGUGAUUGAGAGUCUGGAACGAGACAUGGAUCUACUCAGUCUUACUGGAGUAGAGGAUAAACUACAGGAGGGGGUUCGACCUACCCUAGAGCUGCUGAAAAAUGCUGGAAUUAAAGUGUGGAUGUUGACAGGGGACAAACUUGAGACUGCCAUAUGUAUAUCAAAGAGUUCCAAACUGGUGUCACGGAUACAGGAUAUCCAUACGUUUGGUGUGGUUACUGGACGUACAGAGGCACAUCUUGAACUCAACGCUCUGCGGAGAAAACAAGAUGCCGUUCUAGUUAUAACUGGGAAUUCCCUUCAGGUGUGCCUGAAAUACUAUGAGCAUGAGUUUGUGGAGCUGGCUUGUCAGUGCCCCUGUGUGGUUGUGUGUCGCUGUUCUCCGACACAGAAGGCAGACAUAGUCAAACUUCUACAGGUACACACUGGCAAACGUACAUGUGCAAUAGGGGACGGUGGCAAUGAUGUUAGCAUGAUCCAGGCAGCUAAUGCUGGUAUUGGAAUUGUAGGCAAGGAGGGUAAACAAGCAUCCUUGGCAGCCGAUUUUUCUGUUACACAAUUUUCUCACAUUGGUAGGCUAUUAAUGGUCCAUGGUAGAAAUAGUUACAAGCGUUCAGCAUCACUUAGCCAGUUUGUCAUUCAUCGAGGCCUCAUCAUUAGCACCAUGCAGGCUGUCUUUUCCUCAGUCUUCUAUUUUGCCUCCAUAGCCUUAUUUCCUGGCUUUCUCAUGGUUGGGUACUCCACCAUUUACACCAUGUAUCCUGUGUUUUCAUUGGUGCUUGAUAAAGAUGUGUCUGCAGAUAUUGCCAUAACCUAUCCAGAGCUUUAUAAAGAAUUAACAAAGGGGAGAUCACUUUCAUUUAAAACCUUCUUCUUGUGGGUAUUGAUUAGUGUCUAUCAAGGUGGUAUAAUUAUAUAUGGUGCACUGUGGCUGUUUGAUGAGGACUUUGUUCAUGUAGUUUCAAUCACAUUUACUUCCCUUAUCCUUACGGAGCUGCUGAUGGUGGCGCUAGCUGUACGUACCUGGCACUACUUGAUGGUGAUUGCUGAGGCAUUUAGCCUUGCCAUAUAUCUCUUAUCCCUGGCUGUUCUCAGAAACUAUUUUGAUGCCAAUUUCCUGACCACAUGGAACUUUGUAUGGAAGGUUUUGGUGAUAACAUCAGUCAGCUGUAUACCACUAUACAUCCUGAAAUACCUUCGUAAAAAGUUCUCACCUCCUGUCUACUCUAAACUUACCUGAGGAUGUGAGCAUGGAUCACUACAACUUGUUCUUUUGGAAAUAAUUCCAGUUUGACAAAACACUAUUUUCAUGCUGGUUACUCUGAAUAGAAACAGGAAGUUAUGUUUUGUCACCAGGUUUUCAGAUAAAACUGUAUCUUUGGAAUCUCUGAUAGUGUAUAUUUCAGGUCCUUCUGAUGAAUUUGUUGAUGUUAACAAGAUUGAUUUUGAGGGCAUUUAUAAUGUGACUAAUCAUGCUGUAAAAGAUAAAGAUUGUUAAAGACUGACUCCAGACUGGAUCCUGUUCAUCGUUAAACUGGUGUAUAAGGUACAACUCAUAGUCCUCAGGUCAUCUGAGUCUGUGAUCAGCUGCAGUCAACUUUGUUAUUAAAAGUUUGUUCUAUAUGGGAACAGAAAUGUAAACAAAAUAUACAAAGUAUCUGUUGAAAUCUUUUAAUAGCAAAUACCCUGUGCUGAUUUAAGAACACAAAGACAGUUUUAUUUGAAAAAAUGUAAGUUUCUCAGAAAUGGUUUUGUUAGUCAGAUGUAGGUAUCUUUAGAUUUAAAAUAAACAGGCUGACCAUAUAUUUUUCUACAAAAUAUGGAAAAAUUUCAAUAUCUAUUUAUUGUUUUGGGAAUGUCUGAUGACAUCACAAGAAUUAGAUUGCAAUAAGCCGAUGGUUGAUUACCUGUAUUAAAUCCAUUAGUCAUUCAAGAUGAUUUUAUCAUGCGAGGAGUAAAAUGUGUAUGUUUGAUGUUUGAAUCUGAAGUCUUGGAGAGAAUCUGUGAAAGGAGUAUGACGUCAUUUUUUUCUUUUUCUAAUUUUCAUUUCUUCACAUUUUCAAAAAUGAAGAUGUAAAUGGAAGAGGGAAGCCUUGCAAUCAAUCUUUUUCUGCAGCUUAGUUUUCUGUAUACUCAUUGUUCCUUCUCCCUCGUUGAAUAAUGUUUCUGCAUUGUUGCUUAAGUAAAUAUUACUUUCCAUUGUCUAAUCACACAUUCCUGCCGAUACCUAAUACUCUACAUAAUAUGAUUUUAUGUUUCACUUAUACCUGUACUUAAUUAUCAAUGCCUCUUGUGUCAUUUAGAGUUGUCUUUCCCUCAGAUCCUCUGUCUUUUUAAUUCCCUUCCCUCUUCUUUUUUUAUAAUACCAAUUCCCUGUAGGCCAAACUUACAAAAUUAAUCAUGUCCAUAUUACAUCAUAUUGCCAGUUGCUGUAUUGGAAAUUGAUUCAAAACAUUUUAAGUUUAAAGGUUCAGACAUUGGUAUUCUUUCGUUGUUCUCUCUGGAAAUGUGUUUCAGUAAUGUACUAAUGUUUAUUGAAUAUUCUUAUCACUUUGUUUUGGAGUAUCAGAACAGAAACUGGCCUUUCCAUUAACUAGGAAUUAAUGAUAUUCAAGUACAUUUCUAGCACACUUGGCAAAGUAAGCUUAUGCCUUGGUGCCCAGCCUCAACUUUCCUUUAAACAAAUUUUUCUUAAUAACCAAAAAGCCAAGAAUCAUGAUAUUUAAUGAAAGGUUCCAGUAUGAAGCCAAGCAAAGUGAGGGGAAAAAAAAAUUUCAUAGAACUUUGUUAUGAUCAAGUAAAAUAUUCAGAACUAUGAUAUUCAGUUGGUUGAUUGUUGAGAAGAAGCUCCACAAAGGUCACAGUAAAAGUUAUUGAAAACUUUAAACAACUUAAGAAUGCCCAUAGCCAUACUGUUAUUUGAUGGAUAGGUUCCAGAAAUAUUGCCAAAGUUUAUAAAAAGAAAUGACCUCAAACAAUAUUAAAGGCCACCUUGGUCAUUUUUUUUCUCACUGAAACCCUCAACUUCUCAGUAACCUAGACUUUGAAUGCCAAUGAUAUGACAUGUUAUAUGAAAAGGUUUUAAUACCAAGCAAGUGAUGCAGGCCCAUUGGGCCUCUUGUAUUUAAAACAAUUCAAUACUGUGAAUCUGAUAUACACGUCUUCAGUCUGACAAGAUGACGUAUAUACCUGGUACUUGAAUUAUAUAUGUAACAUUGUAGUACAAGAACAUUUUGUAAAUGUAUUUAUUUUGAGCACUGAUGUACAAAAAGCUCAAGUUUUUAUUUAUUUAUUGUUUAAAUUUUGAGAAUGCAUGUUGAAAUCUUACUGUGUGUAAUUGAAAAUAUUAUAUAUAUGUCUAUUCAGUUAAGGAUGAAAGUGCUGAAUUUUUUCUGAUCGUUAUUUCCAAGAUUGCCUUAAAGCUUUACUUUGAAUAUAUCCGUUUUCUUUCGUCCUAUUUCUUGUUGUAGUCUCACAGAUUAAGUAUAUUGAAACAAGGAUAAAACUUUGAGGGCGAGGUGAUUUCUGUAACUAUGCUCUGUUAUUUUUGUAAGUUAAUAUUGAAGAAAAGUUUAUCGUCAGUGCAUAUAUAAACAUAGUGCAAGUGCAUUAUACUUUUCAUAAUCUCACUGUAAAUCAACAUUCCACAUCAGUGAUCUUCUAUGUUUUUAUUUUCCUUAGUUUUCUGCUAUUUUACCUCUGCAUUUCUAUAAUCUAGCAAAUGUAAGUAGUACUUUUGUGCACUCACUUGCUUAUGGAACAUUUACGUAUUAAAAUGAAAAUCUGUCUUA